AUGGCUGCAAGCGAGCAAGAGCGCCUGCUCUCAGGGCCCAAGCCGACAACGACGCCCACGUCGUAUGGUACGAACGGCGACGACGACGACCGGUCGUCCGAUCUCGCAGAUGGCGAACCUAGCAAGCAUGUCGAGGGCACGGACGGGAAGAAGACUUUCAGGGAGAUCUGGCCAAUGUGUUUGGGCUUAUCGACGGCGGUGUUCUGCUCAGCCUUGGGAGCGACGGUAGUAGCGAAUGUUCAGGUUGAUAUCGGCUCCUACUUCCGUGCUGGGUCUUUGUCCGCCUGGCUGGGUACAUCCUAUCUUCUCGGGCUCGCCGCUAUGACGCCCCUCUACGGUCGUCUCGCUCAAGUGAUGGGUCGGAAAGGGGCCAUGCUGCUCGCCAUGUCCCUCUUCUUUGUGGGCACUCUGUGCUGCGCCAUCGCACCGAGCAUGAUCACGAUUCUCAUUGCUCGUGGUGUUGCUGGAGCCGGAUCGGGCGGUAUAUUGACAGUUACUGCUAUCAUCAUCACCGAUCUGGUCUCGAUAGCAGAUCGAGGGCUCUAUCAAGGCGGUGUCAACGUCCUCUUCGGCGCGGGGGCAGCUGCUGGCGCCGUCGUCGGUGGUGCGAUCGCUGAUGCCCUGGGCUGGCGAGCUGCGUUCUGGAUACAGGUGCCUCUCAUCGCACUUGCCUCUGCGCUCAUCAUCGCCAAGGUCAAUGUGGUCCACGUCCGAGGGGACAAGUCAGCUUGGGAGAAGUUCAAGGGGAUUGACUGGGCCGGAUGCGCUUCUUUGGUGUUCUGCAUCACCUCGCUCUCACUAGGCACAUCCCUCGCAACCUCCUCCGGCUAUCCCUGGACACAUCCCGCCGUCAUCUCAUUGUUAUCCGCCUUCAUCAUCUCUAUCCCCAUCUUCACCUUUAUUGAGCGUCGAGCCGCCGAGCCGAUUCUCCCACUUUCGCUCCUGACCCGUGCACAGCCUGCUCUGAUCUUGAUGGGGUUCUCAUGGCUUACAGCUGCCAACUUCUCGAGGAUAUACAUGCAACCAGUAUACCUACACGUCAGUCGGGGGCUGAACGGAUCGCAAACUGGUCUGCUAUUGUUACCGAGCUCGGUUGUCGGAUCGAUAUCUAGCCUGUACGCAGGUUGGCACAUGCGACAUUACAAGGAAUACAAGUGGUUCCAAUUCGCUGUCUCGCUCAUUCCCUGGCUUCAGGGCCUGUCCAUCAUCGCCUCUUGGGCACCAGACACCAACAAGCAUCGCUUAUGGGCCGAAAUGGCAGUAGGUGCGCUGGGUGGCGGGGCGGUCAUCACGAGUCUCUUGACGUCGAUGGUCAAUUGUGUCGAGCCUAGCGAAAUGUCUCUUGCCAUCUCAGCAUGCUAUCUUUUCCGCUCGCUCGGCCAGGUCCUCGGUGUGGCCAUCUCGGCCGCCAUUCAGCAAUCCGUCCUCGUCCAGUCGUUGACCAAACGACUACCGAACGAGACGCCCGAGCUCAUUCGCCAGAUCAUCCAGGAGCCGAGCAGUAUCAUACCGCAUCUGGCCGCAGAGGUGCAGAUGCAGGCUCGGCUAAGCUAUCUGGAGAGUAUAAGAGGGGUGUUUGGAUUCGUCGUCGUGGGUGGAGUAGUACUGAGCGGGAUCUGCCUCGGCGUCAGGGCGCGGCCACUGACCUGA